AUGCGUCGAAUUAUUUUCUCCCCACUCCACGAUGCUCGUCGCACCUUCCUUGCCUCCCUAGUACUGGCGAGUAAGUUUCAACAAGAUCGAGCAUACUCAAACAAAGCCUGGGCCAAGCUUUCUGGGCUGCCAGCGCAAGAAGUCACACGUUGUGAAAAUGCCCUCGGCAACGCGCUUCAAUGGAGGCUGUGGGUU